AUGUUUAGCGUUGCCUUCACAGUUAUCAUUGUUUGCGCAGAGUUCGCUGCUGCACACGAUGUCCAGCAGGUGGUGUGCACACGCGCAUGCAUCACCGCCCUAGUGGACGGACCGGACACGAGCCCCGCUGACGAGGCGCCGCCACGUAACCGAGGGCCCACGUACACGAGGGCGCCACCGUACGAGAGCGCCCGUGCUCGAGAACAGGAGCAGACGCGCCGAUCGCCGUGCCCAUCUAUCCAAUCCGCGCUGAGCUGUGAUGAGUGUGACGGAGCCGUACCUCUAGCCAGCCCUGACGCUCCUCCCUGCACGCAGCUGCUCUGUCUGCACUGCAGCACCGCACAGAGUGAGGACAGCAUCGACAGCAAGAAGAAGCUGGUCCUCGAGGCGCGGGAGCUCAGCGUUGAAGCCCUCUCCGUCGCCGACGACGACCGGAAGCUGCGGCUGCUCGAGCGAUGCCACGAGCUGCAGAGCAGGGCGAUGUGGAAGCACAAUCGCUCGCUGUCGCAGACGCAGGACGCCAUCGCUCGCAUCCACGCGCUCAGAGGUGACUUUGCGCGCGCUGCGAGCGCGAUGCGUCCGGCGCUCGCCACCGCACAGCAUCUGUACGGCGCAGACGGCCUCGAGACGGCCUUCGAGACGCGCAAGUACGUCGAUCUGCUGCUCGCGCGGCUCAAGGACGCGCGCAUCACGGGCGACCCCCACCACGACGCUGACGUCAUGCAGCAGCUGGGGGAGCUGAAGGUGUUCACGCGGGAAGCUCUGCGCGUGAUGGCGAUCCACCGCGCCGCCGACAGUGAUGACAUCGUCGAGCUGCAGGGCACGCAGCGCCUCCUGGAGGAGAUCAGCCGCGUCUACGACCGCCGCUGCCACCGCCACCGAUAGGGGGCGCCACAGUCGCUGGACGCGUUUGCGUAACUCGGCGUCGCGUGCGCCACGGAUUAGUAAUCUAGUCAGCGGUCGCGUCACUAGGUGGCGCUGUCCAUAGACUCGCUAGGUGGCGCUGUCCGUAGACUCGCUAGGUGGCGCUGUCCGUAGACUCGCUAGGUGGCGCUGUCCGUAGACUCGCUAAGUGGCGCUGUCCGUAGACUCGCUAGGUGGCGCUGUCCGUAGACUCGCUAGGUGGCGCUGUCUGUAGACUCGCUAGGUGGCGCUGUCCGUAGA